GUUGUUUCCAAAAAGCACAAAGGAGGAGGAUGGAGGUAAACGUAGGGAGCAAAGUAAACGAUUUUAACGGGUGCCUCUUGGGGAGGAAAAGAACUAAAGAAGCCGAAUAAAAUAUGGAGAGCGAGCAGUUGCCGGCUGGGUUAAUGGUAACUGUAAUCAAUCUUACCCGCCGGAAUUGGGGUUAUAAAUGCUCUUAUCUUCUUCUGCUACUUAAAAGACAAAAAGGUAUACUAUACUUUAAGACAAAGACACGGACACGUGGAAAAAACCCACACUCAACAGUCAACUCAUCAGCUCAUUCCUGGGUUUUUGUUUCUGCUCAUCCUCAUACGUCAUCACACCCUUUUUUAGCAAAUUCACUUCCACCUUCUCUCUUGCAUCCUAUCGCUAUAAAAACCGUUUCUUGAUAUCAACUAAAGAUUUCAAAUAUCUGGUCGAUCAACUUUCUUUGACUUAAGGAAAGCUAUAAGUGAGUGGGAAGUGAGUUGUUUCCUUGAUGGGUGGUGUUUGUUCGUUGAAGAGAGAGUACUACAAUGCCGAUGAACAUCUACACAGGAGAGGCACCUCCGGCAGAUACUUCAAAUGCCGGAGUUCAAAGUGGCUGGCAUCCUCUUUCUUUCCACUGGUUGUGGACUGUAGUCCUGAAGGAAGCGUUUCUCGAUCUCUUAUGGAGCUAUGCAUUCACAAAAUUCGAGAGGUCUAUCUAGCUAAAGGCUAUAGCCAGGAUGUUAGGAGAUAUGGUUCCUUUUCUAUCUUGCCAAGAGAUGUCAGCCAAUUGAUAUUCAAUGAUCUCAUUUAUUCGUGCUGUCUUUCAGACAACUCCAUUGAAGCCUUUAGACACUGUGCAUUGCAAGAUAUGGUCCUUAGAGAAUAUCCAGGAGUGAGUGACAGUUGGAUUGAUGUCAUUGCUUCACAAGGAUCAUCCUUACUCUCUCUUGAUUUUUCGAGCGCUGAGGUCACAGAUGGUUCAUUCUUUCUCCUCCUUGAGAAUUGUUCAAACCUCCAAGCUUUAACCAUUAGACAUUGUGAUCAAAUUACUGGAAAUGGACUGAAGCAAGUAAGCGGCUUCCACAAGUUGACACAUUUGGGUAUCAAAAACAGCAUGACAGCCACUGCUGAGCAAAUGCGGUUUCUUACCAGUUUAGUCAAUUUGGUAAAGCUGGAAAUAGAGAGGUGCCCUCGAGUCCAUGGAGGACUCGUUCAUAUUGAAGAUUUAACCACACUUGAAUCUCUCAACAUCAGAGGUUGUAAAUGCAUAGUGGAUUCAGACAUGAAAUCUCUUGCAGGGCUUGUCAAUUUGAAGGAACUGCAGACUUCCUAUGUUAACCUGACAGAUGCUGGGGUGUUCUAUUUGAAAGGUCUGAGAAAGCUUGGCUUGUUAAACAUGGAGGGAUGCCACAUUACUGCUGCAUCUUUGGAUUAUCUUUCAGUACUUUGUUCAUUGCAGUAUCUCAAUUUAAGUAGAACAGACCUGAAGGAUGCCGGCUGUGAGAAAUUUUCAAUGCUGAUCAAAUUGAAGGUGUUAAACAUAGGACAUAACAAUAUUACUGAUGAAUGUUUGGUCCAUCUACAAGGGUUAACAAAUAUUGAGUGCCUGAACUUGGAUAGUUGUCGGAUUGGGGACGAUGGGCUAGCUAAUUUAGCAGGCCUUAUUAACUUGAAAAUUUUGGAGCUGUCGCAUGAUAAAAUUGGAAAUUAUGGGAUUCAGCAUCUCUCAGGUUUGAUCAAUCUGGAGGAUCUGAACCUGUCAUUCACCUUAGUCACAGAUGAUGGUUUGGAAAAGUUGUGUGGAUUAAGAUCUUUAAGGUCAAUUAAUCUGGAUAUUCGCCAUAUUACUGAUUCAGGUGUUGCUGCACUUACAGGGUUAACUGGAUUAACUCACCUGGACCUUUUUGGAGCUCAUAUAACAGAUUCUGGGACAAAAUAUUUGCCAUAUUUCAACAAUCUCCAGUCACUGGAUGUAUGUGGGGGUGGGUUAACAGAUGAUGGUGUCAAGAACAUAAAACAUCUUUCUUUCUUGAUGGUACUAAACCUAUCACAGAACCCCAGCUUGACAAAUAUGACCUUGCAUCACUUGUCAGGGCUAACAGGGUUGGUGUCUCUUAAUGUCUCUUAUUCUCGGAUUACCAACAAUGGCCUGCAGCAUCUCAAGUCUUUAAAGAACCUGCGCUCCCUUUCUUUAGACUGUUGCAAUGAUAGUGUAACUGCAGAUGAGCUUCAAAAGCUACAGCUGAGCGCCCUUCCCAACCUCAUGAAGUUUAGUCCGGAGCUCUAAGACCAUGUUUUUGUAGUACUUUUUGUCUACCCUCAUUGACCAGUUUCGUGUAUUGUGGAAUUAUUAUAGAAAAAUAAAAGCACAUAUAAAGUCAAAAUACUCUGCCAGCUGUGAUUAAUAAUAAUAUAUUAG